AUGUUUCUGAUUUUACUUAUAGGCGCUGUUUUCGCCUAUAAUUGCACACUUCUCCCUGGAUCAGAUUCCAGAGAUCCAAACCCAUCUCUAGUUAAAUGUUACAGACAGAAUGGGUCAUCCUGCUGUGUUUCAGCUCAUGACCAACAUAUUCAGUCUGUAUAUGGACAAAUUUUCCCUGAUCAGUGUCAACGAGAAUACGGUUGAAUGGAGGAUUAUUUUUGCUUUGGGUGUCAUCCAUCCCAAGGCAAACAUACCGACGAGGCAAACAUGACAGUAACACUAUGUAAGGGCUACGCCGAAGAUAUAUGAGGAGGAGAUUUAAGUAAGCGAACUAAAAAAUACGAUAACUGUGGGAUGUAUACUUAUUGGAGAGCAAAUCCUCAAACUGUUAUCCCAAGCUUGGAGUGGGAUAACGCUUAUGAGUUCUUCGAUGAAGUAAAACCCCCGUAUUUCGAAAAUUAUACAAUCCUCAUUUCGGAAAAGGUCUGCUUUGAUAGUGGCUGGGGAGUUCAAUUAAACUGGGCGCUUUUAUGCGUUUGGGUUUGGAUCUUAAAUUUCUAA